UUUUAAAAGAGAUUAUUGUACCUCUUUCCCACCGCUUACCUCCCCUCCCCUCUUCCAGUUUUGGUGGGGUAAGGGAGAAAACCUAUACGCAGCCCCGGAGAGCUGGGAAAGGAGGGUGGUGGAGGAAGGCGCAUAGGCCAUGGCCACGUUCACACGGGAAGAGUUCUACCAGCAGCUCCUGAGUGGCUGUGUGCUGCCCACUGCGCAGCAGGGUUUUGAACAGGUGUGGACACUUCUGCUGUUGUGCCUGGUGUGCCGUCUCCUUUGGAGAUUGGCCCUGCCGUCUUAUGCCAAGCACCUGAGCACGGUGGCCAGUGGCUUCUAUGCCCUCUACCACUUCUUCCAGCUGCAGAUGGUGUGGGUCGUGCUGCUCAGUCUCCUGUGCUACCUGGUGCUGUUCCUCUGUCGCCACUCGACCCAGCGAGGUGUUCUGCUCUCCAUCACCAUCCUCAUCUAUUUGCUCAUGGGGGAAAUGCACAUGGUGGAUACAGUAAGCUGGCAUAAGAUGAGGGGUGCUCAGAUGAUUGUGGCCAUGAAGGCUGUGUCGCUGGGCUUCGAUCUGGACCGGGGCGAAGUGCCAGCCAUCCCCUCCCCCGUAGAGUUCAUGGGUUAUAUCUACUUUGUCGGAACCGUCAUCUUUGGGCCCUGGUUCCGCUUCCGCACCUACCUGCAGGCUGUGGAGAGUAGGAAAAUGAGUUUCUCCUGGUUCCAGAAGGUCUGUCUGAGCUUCUUCUUUUGCCUGGUGUGCCUCAUCAUGUCCACUUGCAUAGCUCCCUAUCUGUUUUCUUACUUAAUACCCCUAUACAGCUACAAGAUACUCAGGAACAGGAAGCGCAGGACCAGGAGCACCAUGGUGAGGUGGCUCCGGGCUUAUGAAAGCGCCAGCUCCUUCCACUUCAGCAACUAUUUUGUGGGCUUCCUCUCCGAAACGACCGCCACAUUGGCAGGGGCUGGCUUCACAGAGGAGAAGGACAACUUGAAAUGGGACCUGACAGUGUCUCGCCCCUUGAAUGUAGAGCUGCCACGUUCUAUGGUGGAGGUGGUCACCAGCUGGAACCUGCCUAUGUCUUGUUGGCUGAACUCCUAUGUCUUUAAGAACUCCCUGAAAUUGGGCACCUUUUCGGCAAUCAUUGUCACUUAUGCAGCUAGUGCUCUCUUACAUGGACUGAGCUUCCACCUGGCUGCUGUGCUGUUAUCUCUGGGCUUCAUCACAUAUAUUGAACACGUUCUCCGGAAGCGGCUAUCUGUCAUCUUCAACGCCUGCAUCCUUUCCAAGAAGUGCCAUCCAGGGUGUUCCCAUCGCCACAGCACGGACCUUUGGGUUCAUCUCCUCAACCUGCUCUUUGGGGCUCUUGCGGUCUUCCACUUGGCCUAUCUAGGCUCAUUAUUUGACAUGGAUGUAGAUGAUGCUAUGGAAGAGCAGGGCUAUGGCAUGUCCUACACCAUCCACAAGUGGUCUGAACUGAGCUGGGCCAGCCACUGGGUGACCUUUGGGUGCUGGGUCUUCUACCGACUCAUCAGCUGAACUUUGACCUACACACAGACUUGAGGAGAUGGAGGCAGAAGGCCAAGAGGAGACAUGGAGCCGAGGACUUCAUCUCUUUCAAGAAAAUUGGAUUGCCAUUGUGAACUUGAGCCCUCUGGGCACUGAUUGAUCCUUUUCUCUAUGAGACAUUUAUUCACAGAAAGGGUCUGUGGCCAGGAUAUACCAUGCACCAUGCUGUGGUUGGGUCCUGACCCAUUCAUUGCCCUCAAAAGGAAGCAAAUUAGGUUUAAGCAAAACAAACAAACACAGGAUAAGAGUGAUAGCCCAAAAAUCACAGGGUUUGGGGUUUUUAUUUUUUAUAAAGCAUCCUUUUUCUUCUCUAGUGACGCCCUGAAAAUGAACAUGGCAUCUGGCCCUCACAUAUGUCCAACUUGGAAAGCCCUCUAGUGGCCAGUUGUGGAAACUGCACCAACUCUUUUUAUUUCUAAAGAGGUUAGAGUUAUUGCCCCUUGAACCCGAUGCAUGGUCUCAUCUCCUCUUGCUUUCUGGUGGCUGAGUGUGAGAACUGCAUCUGCUACUGUCACAGCACACACACACACACACACCAAUUGUUGCUGGGAUUACUGCCAGUUUUGUAGUGAAGUCUGGAUUGGCCAGUUUGAAUCAUUAUGUUUUCAAUGGUAUGUGAGUGUCAAAUGUCCCCUUCCCAAACUUUGCAGGUGGGGCAAGACUGUGACUCUGCACCAACCUGCAAUUCUGCCACCAAAAUAAAUUAUGCAAAUUAAGCACUAUUACAUAACUUAUUUCGUUUCCAAGAUAUCCAUUUUCAAAGGCUUCAGAAUGGAUGUGUAGUAAUGGCAGAGUGAAAGGGCAUGUUCAGGACCUAGGAGAGCUGGAAGGCCAGGAGGCAGUUAGCUGAAGCCAUGCAGAAGGAACUAUUCAAGGCACUAGAAUUUCACCAUUCCUGACCACUGGAAUGCCUGUUUAUCUCCAUUCUCUUCCUCCACAAUCAUGUGGACCAGAAACUUGCUCCAUUAUUUUUUAAUGAGAAAAUUGUGAUGCUCAGGAAAUUAAUUCCAUGUCAGAUUCCAUGUCCCAACCCUGGCAGAAUGUUGCUAUGGAUUAAUUAAUCUGGAAUAAUGAUCCCUCCCUGGCCCCAUGCAUAUGAAUGCAAGGUAGAGUCACCUCUCCGAUCAUGAAUAUGCACUCGGGGGCAGGAGUGUUGCACCUUCUUAUCCUACUCUGCUCUCGCUUACUUAGGAAUACCAAAAGGUUUAAUACCUCUUGUAAUGAGUACAUUAAGGAGUACCUAAUCACUAUUAAGUGAGCCCAAAUAUGAGCCUUUCAAGGGCUCCUCCUCUUCACUUCAUCUUUCAUUAUAGAUGGAGAGUAGAUUCUGCUUCACAGGUUUAUCAUGUUCACGUAGUGUAGUUACCACUGAAAUUAUCCCUUCCUUUGCAGUAAAGGCCUGUGUGAACCAUUUACUAAGGGGGGGGGGGAUGUAUGACCCAAAUCAGGGAUAGUAUAAAGAGAGCUUAAACAUGGGCAGUAGUUGCUGUAUUUACCUGGAUCCCAUACUAGGUUUUCCCCAGGCUCUUCGAUGUUAGAAAUGGGGGAGGGGGGUGAUCUUACAUUCCAAGUCCUAUUCCUUUUGAGUAAAUGCAAGUAUAACCUGUAUCUAACCUCUCUUUUUCAUUCCCUACCUCCCUGUGGGCCAAUAUAUGCCAGUGUUGAACCCAAGAACCUCCUUUCUGCCUCCUGCCCUGGUAAGGGAGUGGGGGAUGCCAUGUACUGUAUAUAGUUCAGGAAAGAGUGAGUGGUGGGUUAUGUAAAAUAAAUAUUGGGGGAAACACACAAGAUUCUGGUGCCCUUCUCUGGCCACACUGACUCCUUACCAGUGUACUGUAGGUUGUUCCCCCAGAUACUACUCUGAGAUAGCUCCAGUGCCGCAGGUGAGCACAGUGGAGUCUACCUUGUUCUCAAUUUGGGCCAGCAUCUGUUAUCUUUGUGUGUCCUCUUAACCUUUAUGACUGGCCCAAGGUCACUCCCGAGAGAAGCUGUUUUGACCCCCUCACUGAUGGCCUUUUGCUGAUUUAUCUUCCUGAUUGGUUUGACCUCUCCUAUCAGUGGUUUAAAAAAAAAAGUUUUAUGUUAUCCUUGUGGUUUUGAUUGUUGUUUGCUGCCUUGGGCAUAUUAACCAAGAGGCAGGGUACAAAUGGUUUUGAAUAAAUAAAUACCAAACUUUGUGGCUGA